AUGACGUCGGCUUCUCGAAACUACAGGACAGGCCCUUGCUUCACCAAGGUCAGCAACCAGAUGUGCCAGGGCCAGGUGAGUGGCAUCGUGUGCACCAAGACCCUGUGCUGUGCCACGUGGGGGCGUGCCUGGGGACACCCCUGCGAGAUGUGCCCGGCCCAGCCACAGCCAUGCCGCCGAGGUCUUCAUCCCAAACAUACGCACCGGAGCCUGCCAGACUACAGGACAGGCCCUUGCUUCACCAAGGUCAGCAACCAGAUGUGCCAGGGCCAGGUGAGUGGCAUCGUGUGCACCAAGACCCUGUGCUGUGCCACGGUGGGGCGUGCCUGGGGACACCCCUGCGAGAUGUGCCCGGCCCAGCCACAGCCAUGCCGCCGAGGCUUCAUCCCCAACAUACGCACCGGAGCCUGCCAGGAUGUUGACGAGUGCCAGGCCAUCCCGGGACUCUGCCAGGGAGGUAAUUGCAUCAACACUGUGGGUUCGUACGAGUGCAAGUGUCCAGCUGGCCACAGGCAGAAAGAGGGCUCCCAGAAGUGCGAGGAUGUGGAUGAGUGUGUCACCAUUUCCGCAUUUGUGACGGAGGACAGUGUUUCAACUCGGUGGGCGGGUUACUCCUGUGUUUGUCCCGUGGCUACAUUCCCAUCUCUUGCAAAAACUCGCUGCAUUGGAAGUUAG